AUGGUUAAUCCUGCUGACGUUCCAAUUGAAGUUUCGAAGGUUUUCGACACCAUUUUGGUUUUGGAUUUUGGUUCCCAAUACUCCCAUUUAAUCACUCGUCGUUUGAGAGAAUUUAAUGUGUACGCUGAAAUGUUGCCAUGCACCCAAAAGAUUUCAGAAUUGACCUGGAAACCAAAGGGUAUCAUUUUGUCUGGAGGACCAUACUCUGUGUACGAAGACGGAUCUCCUCACGUUGACCACGAUAUUUUCAAGUUGAAUGUGCCUAUCUUGGGUAUAUGUUACGGUAUGCAAGAAUUAGCUUGGAUUAACGGUAAGGGUGUUGCUAGAGGUGACAAGAGAGAGUACGGUCCAGCCACUUUGAAUGUUGAAGAUUCAUCUUGUUCUUUAUUCAAGGGCGUUGAUCACUCUCAAGUCUGGAUGUCUCACGGUGACAAAUUGCACGCUUUACCAACUGGUUUCAAGGUUGUUGCUACCUCUGACAACUCUCCAUUCGCUGCCAUUUCCAACGAAAAGGAAAACAUUUUUGGUAUUCAAUUCCACCCAGAAGUAACCCACACCAAGCAAGGUAAGGUUUUAUUGAGAAACUUUGCUAUUGACAUCUGUCAGGCCUCAAACAACUGGACUAUGGAAAAUUUCAUUGAUACUGAAAUUGCCAGAAUUCAAAAAUUAGUCGGUCCAACUGCCGAAGUUAUUGGUGCUGUUUCUGGUGGUGUCGACUCUACCGUCGGUGCUAAGAUUAUGAAAGAAGCCAUCGGUGACCGUUUCCAUGCGAUUUACGUUGACAAUGGUUUAAUGAGAUUAAAUGAAACUGAACAAGUCUACAAGACUUUAACCGAAGGUUUAGGUAUCAAUUUGACUGUCGUUGAUGCUACCGAUUUAUUCUUGGGUAAAUUACAGGGUGUUACUGAUCCAGAAAAGAAGAGAAAGAUCAUUGGUAACAACUUCAUCCAUGUUUUUGAAGCUGAAGCUGCUAAGAUUAAGCCAGCAUCUGGUCAAGAAAUCGAAUAUUUAUUACAAGGUACUUUAUACCCAGAUGUCAUUGAAUCCAUUUCUUUCAAGGGACCAUCUCAAACUAUCAAGACCCAUCACAAUGUCGGUGGUUUGUUAGAAGAUAUGAAAUUAAAAUUGAUUGAACCUUUGAGAGAAUUAUUUAAAGAUGAAGUUCGUCACUUAGGUGAAAUCAUGGGUGUUCCUCACGACUUAGUCUGGAGACAUCCUUUCCCAGGUCCAGGUUUAGCUAUUAGAGUUUUAGGUGAAGUUACCAGAGAACAACUUAAGAUCGCUCGUGAAGCUGAUAACAUUUUCAUUGAAGAAAUUAGAAAGGCUGGUUUGUACAAGGACAUUUCCCAAGCUUUCGCUGCUUUAUUACCUGUUAAGUCUGUUGGUGUUAUGGGUGACCAAAGAACUUAUGAACAAGUUAUCGCUUUAAGAGCUAUCGAGACAACUGAUUUCAUGACUGCUGAUUGGUUCGUUUUUGAAGCUGCUUUCUUGAAGAAGACCGCUUCAAGAAUUGUUAAUGAAGUUGAUGGUGUUGCUCGUGUCACUUACGAUAUCACUUCUAAGCCACCAGCAACUGUCGAAUGGGAAUAA